AUUUAUUCACUUCAUAAAAGUGGUUCUGUAGAGUAUUCUGACAUUCUGCUCCUGUACAACAUGGACAUCACAUGGAUAAGCACCGUGCUCCUGGCUCUGAUCAUCUCCAGUAUCCUCUACUCAUCAUGGAAUGCCAUGUAUCGGAGACGUAACCUACCACCAGGACCUACACCACUGCCCAUUGUAGGCAAUGCCCUACAGAUGAGGAGAGGGAAACUAGUCAAAUCUCUAAUGGAGUUUGCCGAGAAAUAUGGAUCGGUAUAUACUGUUUAUUUUGGCCAUAGUCCUAUUGUCGUUCUAACUGGUUAUGAUACUGUAAAAGAGGCAUUACUGGACCGAGCAGAGGAAUUUGGUGGGCGUGGAAGGGUUCCAGCUUUUGACGAUUUUUUUAGAGGAAAAGGAAUCGUCUUCAGCAAUGGGGAACUAUGGAAAGAUUUGCGCAGGUUUUCACUCACCAUGCUCAGAAAUUUUGGGAUGGGGAAAAAAUCUAUUGAAGAGAGAAUACAGGAGGAAGCAGAGUUUCUGGUGGCAGAGAUCAAAUCUCAGAAAGAAAAAAUCAUCGACCCAACAAACCUCCUAGUCCAGGCUGUUUCCAAUGUCAUCUGUUCUAUAGUGUUUGGAAACCGUUUUGAAUAUGAGGAUAAGAAUUUUCAGCAACUCUUGAACUUGUUUGCUUCAACAUUCAAAGACAUGAGCGGCUCUUGGGGACAGUUGCAGGAAAUGCUCCCAGAAAUCAUGUACUACAUUCCGGGACCUCAUCAGAGAAUAAACAGUCAUCUGGAUAAACUGAGGAAUUUCAUUUUAGAGAGAGUGAAGAUAAACCAGGAGACGUUGGAUCCCAACUUUCCUCGGGAUUACAUUGACUGUUUUCUUAUCAAGCAGCAGCAAGAAAAUGGCAAUACACACUUUGACACAAGAAACAUGAUACUGACAAUACUGAACUUGUUCUUUGCUGGAACUGAAACAGUCAGUAGCACCCUGCGACAUGGAUUCCUCAUACUUAUGAGAUAUCCUGAGAUACAAGACAAAGUUCUUGAGGAAAUAGAUCGGGUUAUUGGACAAAAUCGCAUCCCGAACAUUGAAGACCGGAGCAAAAUGCCGUAUACAGAUGCUGUAAUCUACGAGAUCCAGAGAUUCUGUGAUAUUCUUCCGGUUAAUGUUGCACACUUAGUGACAAGAGAUACCAACUUUAAGGGAUAUAACAUUCCUAAGGGUACAGAUGUCUAUCCAUUACUAUGUUCUGUUCAUCAAGACCCCAAGAAGUUUGCUACUCCCAAUAAGUUCAACCCCCAACAUUUCUUGGACAGCAAUGGCUGCUUUAAGAAGAAUGAAGGAUUUAUGCCAUUCUCUGCAGGAAAGAGAAUUUGUGUUGGAGAAGCUCUGGCCCGUAUGGAGCUGUUUCUUUUCUUAACAACUACCCUGCAGAACUUCAAACUGACAUCCAAGACUAAAUUCACAGACGAAGACAUCGAACCCAGAAUGACAGGAUUUGCCAAUGUCCCCAGAUUUUAUGAAAUGUCUUUCAUCCCUCGAGUUUUGUAGAAUGUUGCCUACCUCAGGGAACACACCUACCUUUUCUACAAGCAGAAAGAAAGGGGUGAAUGGCAAAUGUAUGCUUGUGCCACAUCCAGUAUAUAUGAGAAAAGAAAAAAGGGGUUCCCCGUUGGUGGACUUUGAAGGCACUGAUAGUAUUCCAAAUAUACAAGAUAUUGAGAGUAAAAAAAAUGUUUUUAUUCACAAUUAUACAUAUUUAUCCAAAAAAUUAAAUAUUGAAUCAAAAUAUACAGUUCCAAUGAUUGUCACCAUAUAAGUAAAUACAUGAAAAACCUUCUUUACACUCGACGCGUUUCAGAGUAUCCUUCUUCAGGGGUAUGGAGAGAAGGACAAUUAGUUCAUCUAAGCAUAAAAAUACAAAAAGUUAAUUACAUGCAUUUAGAACAUUAUUAUUAAAUAUAUACAAACAGUUUUCUUUAUAUGUGAUGUAUAUACAUGUAAUCAUUCACUUACGUAUUAUAAAUGUAGAAGGAUGAUGAAUAUUUCAUUGGAUACGAUUUUUUAAAAGAAUUGAAAAUGUAAACAGCACGCUGGGUUCAAUCAAUGCGGUUGCCAGUCAAGCAAGAAAUGGGUAUCAAAAUAUACAAUUAAUGCAAGUUUGAAAGGGACAUUUAUAAGGAACAGGUGUUCAUCCCAUUAGAGAGAAAUUAUUCCAAAGAUCGAGAAGCCGGUGGAUCAACCAGAAGAGAUAUACUGGGACUGGGAUGGAGGUCCCUAAAAAUGUAAGAUAAUUAAUACAAAUAAUUGAUUGUACCCCAAUAGGGCUAAAUGGUAUAUAUUAUGUAGAAAGAGUAACGAUUUGCUACAAUAACAGUUUAUAUGUUAAUAAAGGAUAAUGAAAGGUUA